GUGUGGGCCGCUCCCCGGCCGGCCGGGCUGACCUUUCGGCGCAAUUAUUUUUGGGCCAGAGCUAAAAUAGGCAAAAAGGCUCGCCGGGUAGAUUACGGACGAGGACGUCGACCGCCGCGACAAAUGUCGUCCAGCCCGUUCGCCCGCGUCGCCACCAAGCGCCCUCGUGUCGAAAAAGCCAAAGUGGCGCAUCCUGAGCCCGAGAGCCCCGCCAGCUACGAGGCCCCCCCGGCGUCCCAACUCCAAAGACUGAUGUGGGCCAAGAAAGGAAGCCGGUACAACCACAUGGACCAGGUCUGGCCCCGGAUCUACUUGGGAGACAUGUACGCCGCCAAAGACAAACGCAGCCUGCAGGCGCACGCCAUCAGCCACGUGCUUAACGCCGCGCACGGCAAGUUCAACGUCCGGACGGGCGCCGGAUUCUACCGCGACAUCAAGUUGGCCUAUCACGGCGUGGAAGCCUACGACAUGGUGACCUUUAACCUGAGCGCUUCCUUCUACCCGGCGGCCGACUUCAUCCGGACCGCGUUGAGUUCGCCCGCGGGGCGAGUUCUGGUGCACUGCGCCAUGGGCCUGAGCCGCUCCUCCAGCCUGGUGCUGGCCUACCUGAUGAUCCACGAGAAGAUGCCGCUCGCCGCGGCCGUCCAGGCGGUCGGCGCCGAGCGCAACAUCGCGCCCAACGCCGGCUUCUUGGAGCAGCUGCGGGCGCUGGACGUCCGGCUGCGGCGCGGGAGACCGAACGCCUGGGAAACGCCGCGAUAGAUUCAACGACUGUCGUCUUUUGAUUGCUCGGCCAGCGUCGUUUUUCCGUCGUUUCGAGAGAUUUGUUUGUUUUAAGUUAUACCUAAGAUGAUAAUUAUAUUUCAACAAAAAACUCAUUUGGAAAAAGUCCUGGAGAAGUUGGGAACCCCGCGAGCCCGUGCGAGCGUCGGCGGCCUAAACUGUCAUCGUGCCUUCUUGAAAACUCACAGAACGCUCCGGAACAGGCUUGACGCGAGCCUACUAAAUAUGCGGCGCCUCCGAGCCUUCAGAAAAGCAAGCGGCCGACCCGUCCCGGAACUCGAGAGUGCAGAUGGCUGCCCACGCACCAGAAUUUGGACACCAUGCGUGAAAUGUGGUUAUACGUCCUUGUGGAACGCCAUCGGUCUACAAAUCCUUUGCCACUGAUGGGCAGCUUUUCUUUUUUUUUGUUGUUGAAAAUAUACCACUUUUCUUUGAAAUUAUGAAAGUAUUGAGAAAACAUUUUUUCCCCCUCCAAAAUCCAAAUGACCUCUAGCAAAUCAAUGAUUUCCUGAAAAUUUGGCUUUCAUCAAAAAAUUGUUUUUCCUGGUAAUGUAAAAAUGAAGCACAAACUUCUAGAAAAAAAAAAAAAAAAACUCUAGUACAAUUUAAAAAAAUGUUUCUCAUGUUUUCUUAAUCCUCAAAAGUGUCCGACUUUUUUUCCCCAAAAAUAAAUAAACUUUCACAACUAUUUCCUCCGGAGGCACAGAAGAUACUGCAGAAUAAAACGUGAACAUCAUCUGAACUUUCUACUU